AACAACGGACUAGAAGUAGACUCUUUUGUCUGAAACCGAUUGGUGCGCUGCUGGGGCUGGGAGCAACUGAAGUGUCCGAGGAGGCCUUGAACUCAUGGCAAGUUAGGCAAGGGUGCUUGCAAGCGCACUCCUCUUCGCUCCGCUUGCGCUUAUUCUCUUCCCUCUGCAAGGAACGACCGCCGAUCAGCUUCGCAGGCUUGCGCCGAGUGGAGCUCGGCCAGAGGGGGCGCCUACACGCAGCCAGCUCUAUCCUCCUUGCACUAAUGCUUCAGUGGGGCAGGGCAGUCGCGUGGGGAGCCGCGCUUCGGGGCUCGUCGUGUGUUCCGAUUGAGGAGAGUGGCGGGGGCCCGUCUGGGGCGUGCUUGGCCAGGCUUCCGCGUGUAGCUGCUUUUUAGGCCCUGCUCAGGACAAACCUCACACCGCGCAGCUGUACAGCCAGCGAGCAGUAGACUCGCUUCCCUCCUUUCUACGCAGAGUCUCAGGUAGCUUUCAAGAAGGCUCUCUUGCCCAAGGAGAAAGAAUUUCACCAGAUGCAUUUCUUCAUCUCUGCUUCUGCUGGCCUGUUGUUAAGUCUUCUGUUAAGUAAAAUAUGAGAGCAACUGCAUUAUUUUCCUGCAGUCUAACAACAGUAAUUCUUACUUCAAUUAAAACAGAUCCUAGCAAAUCACUCAACCGGACUACUGAGUUAGCUCAUUUCAUACAUGAAGGAGAGCCUUUUGCUGUCGACUGCUUAUUGGGUAAAAAGCUAAAUUUCAAGCUUCUAGAAUAUAGUGUGACUUGGUACAGAGCUGGCAACCACACACCUGUGUUUAAAGACCAACGUUCCAGAAUUCAGCAGCGGGAAAACUCCAUUUUGUUUCUUCCUGCAGUUUUGGAAGAUUCAGGAGAUUAUGAAUGCAUUGUAAGAAAUUCAACACAUCUCAUCAAAAGACGCUUCAACAUAACAGUCUUUCAGAACAGCAAUGGUUCGUGUUUCAAUGAAUCAUUUGCCGUCCAACAAAUAGCAUUCACGUUGUCAAGUGCAAAGCUUGUGUGUCCGAACUUGUAUUAUUUUAGAGCAGAUACUCAUCUUCUUUGGUACAAGGACUGCAAGAUGAUUCAAGAUAAAAGGUUUCGACCUUCAAGUAACUACCUUGUGAUAACCAAUACAACUAUGCAGGACCGAGGAAGAUAUACUUGCAAAAUGCCAUACUAUAUCAUGGGGAAAGAAUAUAACAUUUCAAGAUACAUUAACCUAGUAGUGAUAGAAAGCCCACCAAAGACACCUCCAAAAAUUUUCUUUCCAAGAAACCAUUCAAUUGAAGUAGAACUUGGGUCCAGUAUUAUUGUGGACUGCAAUGCAUCGGGCGCUGAAAUAUAUCAUGUAUAUUGGCAAGUGAAUAAUUCCUACAUUAGUAAUUCUCCUUAUAGAAAUAACGUUGUUGAAGUUUUUGAAAAAGUCACUUUACUUGAAGGACAACCUUUUUGUACAGUGAGGCUUAACAUUUCAAAAGUCAGUUACAAGGAAUAUGAAAAUUCAUUUGUGUGUCAUGCUUUGAAUUCCUUUGGUCAAGUUGCAGCACAUGUUAUGUUAAGGCCCAAAGUCCCAAAUGUCCAGGGACCACUGAUUGGAGUGCUUGUCACAACAUUUCUCCUAACAACAGUUACGAUAUUAAUCUACAAUUUCUUCAAGAUUGAUAUUGUCCUUUGGUAUCGGAACUCCUACUGUCCUUUGAUUAGUAAAAAAGUUUCAGAUGGGAAGACCUACGAUGCAUAUGUCUUGACCCUGACAGCACACAGAAUGGGUCACAUUUACCAUCUAGAUAACUUUGUUCUAAAACUACUUCCUGAGGUUUUGGAAAGACAGUGUGGAUAUCAUUUGUUCGUAGUUGGCAGAGAUGAUCUACCAGGGCAAGCGGUGGUCAGCGUAACUGAUGAUACUAUCAAGCAAAGCAGGAGGCUGAUGAUAAUUUUGGAGCCAGAAUUAUCAAGCUGCAGCAGGUUGGAAGAAACAUCUGAACAGCAAAUAGCUGUGUACGAUGCACUUAUUCGCUACGGAAUUAAAGUGAUCCUAAUUGAGAUGGAUAGGAUACAGGACUACACAAACAUGCCAGAGUCAAUUAAGUACAUUAAGCAAAAGCAUGGGGCAAUCAGGUGGAAAGGAGAAUUUUCAAGAAAGUCUCAAUUGGCAAAUACAAAGUUCUGGAAAAAUGUGAGAUAUCAGAUGCCUUCCAGAAGAUCAGUAACUCUUCCAGAAUUUCACUUGUUGCCACAGAUGCAUAGCAGUUAGUCACAAGAUCACAGCAACAAUUUGAAACAGCUGGAAAAGGCCCAUGAGUCAUCAAACCAAAUCCCUGCCUUGCAAGCAUGCCUGCACAGAUGCUGGUUAAUCCCUUUCUGACAGUUCAUGAAUGUGCAACUGGUUGUGAAUUAUUUAAAUAGUGCAGUGGCUGUUCAUGCCUAUUAUCCCAUGCUGCAUGGCUGGCACAUGCAGUGCAUUCCCUUCCUGAGACAGGCUGGCUGUUGGAAGUGUACUUAUUUGCCAAGAUGCCAGCACUGGGUACAGGUAAGAUUCUGUUCUAUGCAAGUGGGAGUUGCUAGGCCAGGAGCAGAAGGCCUUGAACUGUGCUUGCUUGACACCUAUCAUAUUACAUCCCUGCAACCUGCUUUUCAAGAAUGCAAGAGAAGUCUGAAAACUCUCAUCAAAUACAUUGGGUGAAUCUGUAAUUAUUUUGUACUAUUUAUAUAUUAAGUAUAAUGCAUGAACAUAAAAAUAUACUAUUUUAUAUCAUGUGACUCUUUGAUAAUUUUAUAUUGAAUAAGACAGUUUAAAAUUCAUAAUUGUCUAACUCCUUUCUUUUCAUUUAAUUGUUGUACUAAAGGGAUGCAUGUUUCUUAUUGGAAGUUGUUUUGAGGUAAAGAUUUUGGAACGCUUUGAAGCAUUUUCAUGAAACGUGACGGGAAUAGCAAUAUAAUCCCCCAAGAAAUGAUCUAGGAAGCCUGUAGAAUCUUCUAAAAAUGGUUUUGUUAUAUUAUUUGUAAAAUGCGUACUGUUUUAUUGUAAAUGUUUGCUGGUCAAUGACCGAAUAAACUUAUAUCUCUCUCUCCUAAA